CCCUUGACUUUUAUUACUCUUUGGCUGCGUAUACAUUAUAUCUACUUCGUACACUGUUAGCUUCACUUUUCCUAUCCUUUCUUCUAUUUAUAGUACUUAUUUAAGACACCUGCAUUUUUUCCCGGUCACCCAAUUUUCACUUCUUCAUACCAACACAAAUGGCUACCUACCAACAUCAGGACAGCUUGCAAAAGUUGCCCAUUCCCGACCUCACUGAAACCUGCGCCAACUACCUCAAGGUGUUGAAGCCUUUGCAGACAGAGUCGGAGCACGAGCAAACCGUCAAAGCCGUGGAGAGCUUCUUGAAAAGCGGCACGGGUAAAUACUUGGAUCUGGAACUUCGAACUUUUGCCAAAACAAGAAACUCCUACAUUGAACAGUUCUGGUACGAUGCCUACUUGAACUACGACAACCCCGUAGUGUUGAACUUGAACCCAUUCUUCCUCUUGGAAGACGAUCCCUUCAACAACGAUAACAAUGUCCAUAGCAACCCUCAGAUCAAGCGUGCCACCUCGCUUACAUUGUCUUCCUUGAAGUUCAUCCAGGCUCUCAAGAAUGAGACGUUGCCUCCAGACGUAUUAAAGAAUGGCCAACCUUUGUGCAUGUACCAAUAUUCCAAACUCUUUGGUGCCUCGAGAAUCCCCACUGAUGAUGGGUGUAUCAUGCAAUCCGACAACAAGUCCAACCACAUUGUCGUCAUGAGCAAGUCUCAGUUCUACUGGUUUGAUGUAUUGGACUCCAAAAACAACAUCUUGUUGUCUGAAUCUGAGUUGAGUGUCAAUUUCACCUCGAUUGUCCAAGACUCGUUGACUACUGAUCAUGCUGAUAUUGCCAAGUCUUCUUUCGGAGUGUUGACCACUGAAAACAGAAGAAUCUGGGCCAACGUCCGUAACAACUUGAUUCACAACAACCCCAUCAAUAAUGAGAUCUUGUCGAUCAUCGACUCGGCUCUCUUCAUCUUGUGCUUAGACGACAUUGAAAUCAACGAUUUGUCGGAGUUGUCCAAGAAUAUGUUGUGCGGCUUGUCGAUACUUGACAAGGGUAUCCAGGUAGGUACUUGUACCAACAGAUGGUACGACAAGUUGCAGAUCAUCAUUACCAAGAAUGGUAAGGCUGGUAUUAAUUUUGAACACACAGGAGUUGACGGCCACACCGUAUUAAGAUUUGUCAGUGAUAUCUACACUGACUCAAUCUUGUCAUUUGCCCAGUCAAUCAACACUAACUCUCCUUCCCUCUGGAAGAAUACCCGAAAGAACAGCAAUGAGAUAGAGAUCAAUGAUGACUUAAUCACCAUUCCCCGUAAAUUGGAAUGGGACUUAACUCCAGACUUGUCUCUCGCUCUUAGAUUCGGUGAAACCAGAUUAAGUGACUUGAUCAACCAGAAUGAGUUCAGACACUUGGAGUUCAAGAGAUAUGGUGCAUCGUUCAUCAAAAAAAUGAAGUUCUCCCCAGAUGCUUUUGUGCAAAUGGCCUUUCAAGCAACAUAUUAUGCAUUGUACGGUAAAGUCGAGUGUACCUAUGAGCCAGCUAUGACCAAGCAUUUCUUCCAUGGAAGAACUGAAGCCAUCAGAACUGUUUCACAGGAGUCAAACUUGUAUGUCAGAAAGUUUUUUGACUCUCUAAUCUCUAAUGAAGAGAAGUUGAAAUACCUUGCAGAAGCCUGUAACCUGCACUCUAAACAAACAAGAUUGUGUUCGGCUGGUAAAGGUGUGGACAGACAUCUUUAUGCCUUAUUCUGCCUCUGGAAGAGAUACCUUGAUACUCAUGAGGACGAGGAAGAUGGUGAAUCCACUAACAUGGAUCCAAGAGCCUCUAUCUCUACUUUAGUUGACGACGACGAUUCUUCGUCUGAAAAUACCAUCGUGGACCACCAUAGCCAUGCUAAGGCUCAGAAUUCGAUGGCCAACUUGAAGGUGUUACCAGAAAUCUUUGCUGACAAUGGCUGGGACAAGCUUAACAACACUAUAAUCUCUACGUCCAACUGUGGUAACCCUUCAUUGAGAUUGUUUGGUUUCGGUCCAGUUUCUGCCAAUGGGUUUGGUAUUGGUUACAUCUUAAAGGAUGAUUCUAUCUCCAUCUGUGCUUCUUCCAAACAUAGACAAACGCAAAGAUUCUUGACUACUUUGGAAUCAUACUUGAAUGAGAUUGAAACUAUGUUCAAGCAAGUGAAGGGAGAAAAGAAAGCUGCUGCUGCUGUUGCAGCCAAGGCAGCCACUGUCGCUUCGCUUCCUAAGAUUGUUCAACCUACUCCAGUCAGCAACUUGUCUAGUUUGUUGGGUGGUUACGGUUACUUCGACAUGGGUGAUGACGAUAUCAAGUCUAGAGGCCCAAGUCCAGAGUUGCCUUUCUUGAAUAGAAACAAUAGUGGAUUCUCUAUUCGUGAAAUCGGCAAGAAGUUACGUUUGUCUGAAUACUAGACGAUAUUUAUUCAUUACAUUUCCUUAUUUAUUAACGUGACAAAUACUUUAUUUAUUUAACAAUUAAUUUAUUCUGA